CCCAGGGAGGGGAGGGAGGCCAUGGAGGUUCCUCUAGUCAACUUCGAGAAUCUGGACGACAUCGGAAUCAACCUGGGAGAUCCAAGCGAUUCAGGAUAUCCAACUUCGCCCACCUCAGAUGGCCCAGAACCACACUCGCCCCAAAGAAGAAGGCAUUCCAGACACACACCAACCCUGAGCAAGAAAGGAACGUCAAGCUGCAACAGUCUGAUCUCCAACUGGAAGGUCCUGAUAAGCAGUGAAGGCACUCCCAACGAGGCUCUUUUGGGAAAAAUGGCCAAGGAUUGUUGUGAGGACAAUUUUGGGGAAAUGGAAAAACUUGAGGAGGGUGAACAAAAAGUGGUCAUCAAUGUCUCAGGGAUGAUGUACGAGACAACACUCAAAACCCUGAACCAGUUUCCAGACACCUUACUUGGGGACCCCAUGAGGCGGAUUGAUUAUUUCGACCCCAUGAAGAAUGAAUAUUUCUUUGAUCGUAACCGCCCCAGCUUUGAUGGAAUCCUCUAUUUCUAUCAGUCCGGGGGUAAGAUUCGGAGGCCAGCGAAUGUGCCAUUGGAUGUUUUUGCAGACGAGAUAGUGUUCUAUCGACUGGGGCAUGAGGUGAUGGAACAGUUCAGGGCAGAUGAAGGCUUUAUCAAAGAGCCUGAGCCUGAACUCCCAACCAAUGAGCUUCACCGCCAAUUCUGGCUCCUCUUUGAGUACCCAGAGAGCUCCAGUGCUGCCAGGUCAGUGGCCAUAGUGUCUGUUUUUGUCAUCACUAUAUCUAUUUGUAUCUUCUGCCUGGAGACACUCCCAGAAUUCCGUGAUGACCAUGAGUUGCAGCCUGCGAUCUUCAACUUAACCCGUGAUGCCAAUGGUACGCUCCUGUCCUCUACUCCUACCAAGACCCAUGUCUCGGUCUUUACUGACCCUUUUUUUGUGGUGGAGACCAUCUGUAUCAUCUGGUUCUGUUUUGAGCUUGGAGUACGCUUUGUGGUGUGCCCAAGCAAAAGUGAGUUUUUUAGCAAUAUGAUGAAUGUCAUUGACAUUGUUUCCAUUAUGCCCUACUUUAUUACCGUGAUAACAGAACUGAUGGCCUCCCAUGAAGAGGACCCUGCCGCCGGCCAGAAUAUGUCUCUGGCCACACUACGCGUUAUCAGACUAGUGAGAGUUUUCAGGAUUUUUAAGCUGUCACGCCAUUCUAAGGGCCUCCAGAUUCUAGGCCAAACCCUAAAGGCCAGCAUGAGGGAGCUAGGCUUGCUGAUUUUCUUCCUCUUUAUUGGCAUCAUCCUCUUCUCCAGUGCCAUUUACUUUGCUGAGGUUGACGAACCUACUACUCAGUUCGUGAGCAUCCCGGAGGGAUUCUGGUGGGCUGUGGUCACCAUGACGACGGUUGGCUAUGGUGAUAUGUGCCCAACCACAUUGGGCGGUAAGAUGGUUGGGAUACUCUGUGCCAUCGCUGGCGUGCUGACCAUUGCACUUCCUGUUCCCGUCAUCGUCUCCAACUUCAAUUACUUCUACCAUCGCGAAACAGAGCAGGCAGAGAAACUUGUAAUGGAUGCUGCUGCUGAGGCUGCAGCAAACCAGAAAAACAGUUUGGAGGAAAAGUAUGAAAGCAAUUACUCACUGGACAAGAGCAAUGGGAACUGGCAGACAGGGAAAAAUGGCAUUCCAUAA